UCAAUUGUGCUCACAAGUCAAAAGGGGUGAAUCAAUCAGGAUUUUAUUUUAUGUCCUCACAUUCAAACCACCAAGACACAAAGAUGACUCCUCCAACCAAAAGGUGUCAACUUAAGCCAUCUAUAUAAGCUUAUAAACAUCAUGAUCCAGAACACAUUACUCUGCAACUUCAGCAUUUAACUUCCAUGCCAUCAAGGCAUCUUAACCAUAACAAUCCGACGUCAAAAUAUGGAUACCAGAUUAUCAGGCAGCGUCAUGGGAACACCGAUGAUGUCAACAAGGAGACUACUUCUUUCUAGACCUUAUGAACCCCAUCAUCCUCUUUCUACUUCCAAAAUCGACAGCGUAGAAAGAAAAGGCAGUUUUGCAGUCCCUGUUGAAAAUCAUGUUAGCUUAGUACCCAAACUAAUAGAAAUUGUGAAACACAAGUUGAGUUAUGGUGCCAAAAUCCUUCCACUUGGCCGUGAAGCAAAAAUCUUCACGAAAUUUUUUAGUACCAGGGAUAGUGAAAAGUUGUUGCAUGCCUCUCGGUGCUACAUAUACACUACAGCGGGUGCGAUUGCUGGCAUCCUCUUCAUGUCUACUGAAAGGGUUGGAUUUUGCAGUGACAGAUCCCUCCAAACGUAUUCCACAACAGGGGAGCUGUUAAAGUUCCGAUAUAAGGUGUCAAUCCCAUUGGGAAAGAUCAAAGAAGUAGGUGAGAGCAUGAACAUGAAGAGACCGUCGAACAAGUAUGUGGAAUUAGUAACCAUGGAUGAUUUCAGCUUCUGGUUUAUGGGCUUCCCAAAUUAUAGGAAAACUCUAAGACACCUUCAUAGGAUAAUCAAUCCAGACAUGCAGAGCAAAUGAUGUUCAGUUCCAUGUA